AUUCGAUAUAUUCAACUUCCAUCGCUGCAAAUCAAGCUCUGAAAAUGGCGAAGGCGUCGGAGAAGAAGCCCGCAGAGAAGAAGCCGGUGGCGGAGAAAGCACCGGCGGAGAAGAAGCCGAGAGCGGAGAAGAAGAUUCCAAAGGAAGGCGGUGCCGGCGGCGAAAACAAGAAGAAGAAGAGAUCGAAGAAAAACGUGGAGACAUACAAGAUAUACAUAUUCAAGGUGCUGAAGCAGGUGCACCCUGACAUUGGAAUCUCAAGCAAAGCCAUGGGAAUCAUGAACAGUUUCAUCAACGACAUAUUCGAGAAGCUUGCACAGGAAUCAUCUCGUCUCGCUCGCUACAACAAGAAGCCAACCAUAACCUCAAGGGAGAUCCAAACCGCCGUGAGGUUGGUCCUCCCUGGCGAACUCGCAAAGCACGCUGUUUCUGAAGGGACAAAGGCCGUUACAAAGUUCACUAGUUCUUAGGGUUUAGGGUUUCUCUUUCCGUUCCUGUGUGUUUUAUUUUAGUGUCUCUCGAAUUUUUACUUCUUGUAAAGACUCGUCUUGGUAAUGAAAAUUAUG